CUCUUCGCUAGCCGGAAGUCGCGAGGUCCGAAUGAGUCAAAGCCGGCGGCCUCGGCUCCUCAGCUCCACCUGACAGUAGGCCGCUGAUCGGCCGCGGGUCUCGUUGACCGCUAGGCCACCAGGUUCAUGUGGAGGCUCCCAGGCGCCCGCGCCGCGCUUCGGGUGAUCCGGACGGCGCUGGAGAAGCUGAGCCCGGCUGAAGCGCAGAGCCAGACAGCGGCGGGAGCGAUGGAGCGCGCUGUAGUGCGCUGUGUACCCUCGGAACCCAAGCUGAGCCUGUCAUUCGCUUUGGCUGAUGGCAGCCACAAGAACAUGCAGCGCGACCAAAGCGAGCCGCUGGGUCGAGUCCUCAGCCGCAUCGCUACCAAUGCCCUAAAGGGUCACGCUAAGGCGGCCGCCGCCAAGAAGAGCAGGAAGAGCCGGCCGAAUGCGAGCGGCGGUGCGGCCUGUUCAGGGCCGGGGCCCGAGCCGGCUGUGGCCUGCGAGCCGGUGGUGAAGCUGUACUACCGGGAAGAGGCAGUGGCUGAGGACGUGCUCAACGUGGAUGCCUGGCAAGACGGCGCGGUGCUGCAGAUCGGCGAUGUUAAGUACAAGGUGGAGCGCAACCCGCCCGCCUUCACCGAACUGCAGUUGCCGCGCUACAUCAUGGCCGGGUUCCCUGUGUGCCCCAAACUCAGCCUUGAAUUUGGGGAUCCCGCAAGCUCCUUUUUCCGCUGGUAUAAGGAAGCCAAGCCCGGAGCGGCGGAUCCCGAGGUCGGUAUCCCCUCGUCAUUGUCUUCCUCCUCACCUUCUUCUUCUUGGACUGAGACUGAGGUGGAGGAGCGUGUCUACACCCCGUCCAAUGCUGACAUCGGGCUAAGGCUCAAACUUCAUUGCACCCCAGGCGAUGGGCAGCGCUUUGGGCCCAGCCGGGAGUUGGAAAGUGUGUGUGUGGUAGAGGCUGGUCCUGGCACCUGCACUUUUGACCACCGGCAUCUCUACACGAAGAAGGUGACGGAGGACGCUCUCAUCCGCACUGUCUCUUACAACAUCCUGGCAGACACGUAUGCGCAGACUGAGUUCUCGCGAACAGUCCUGUACCCAUACUGUGCCCCCUACGCCCUGGAGCUCGACUACCGCCAGAACCUUAUCCAGAAGGAACUUACCGGCUACAACGCCGAUGUCAUCUGUUUGCAGGAGGUUGACCGCGCAGUGUUUUCUGACAGCUUGGUACCCGCCCUAGAGGCCUUCGGGCUCGAGGGAGUGUUUCGAAUCAAGCAGCACGAAGGCCUGGCCACUUUCUACCGAAAGUCUAAGUUCAGCCUUCUUAGUCAGCAUGACAUUUCAUUCUACGAAGCCCUCGAAUCCGACCCACUUCACAAAGAACUGCUGGAGAAACUAGUUUUGUACCCAUCAGCGCAGGAGAAGGUGCUCCAGAGAUCUUCUGUUCUUCAGGUUUCAGUUCUUCAGUCUACAAAGGACUCUUCUAAAAGGAUAUGUGUUGCUAAUACCCAUCUUUACUGGCAUCCUAAAGGUGGGUAUAUUCGCCUCAUUCAAAUGGCAGUAGCCUUGGCUCACAUUAGACAUGUAUCAUGUGAUCUGUAUCCCGGCAUACCAGUUAUAUUUUGUGGGGACUUUAAUAGUACACCAUCAACAGGAAUGUAUCAUUUUGUCAUCAAUGGCAGCAUUCCAGAGGAUCAUGAAGACUGGGCUUCCAAUGGGGAGGAGGAAAGAUGCAACAUGUCUCUUACGCAUUUCUUCAAGCUGAAAAGUGCUUGUGGUGAACCUGCUUACACAAAUUAUGUUGGUGGCUUUCAUGGAUGUCUAGAUUACAUUUUCAUUGACUUAAACGCUUUAGAGGUUGAACAGGUGAUUCCAUUACCUAGUCAUGAAGAAGUUACCACCCACCAGGCCUUACCUAGUGUUUCCCAUCCCUCUGAUCACAUAGCACUUGUAUGUGAUUUAAAAUGGAAAUAGAUGUGUGUUUAAUGGAAUUGAAGUCUGAAAACAAGUCGUUAUUUUAGCAGAAAAUUUAAUAUGAAUCAAAGCUUAUAUGUAACCUUCAAAGAGGAAUGGUAAAAUGUUCAACCCUCCUAGUUAUGUUCCCGAUGUCUUCAUUAUGAAACUGUUGAUAAUGUUUGCAUCAUACAUCUUCUCUUUCCUUGUUUUCCUCUACACUUGGAGGAGAAACAAAUAUAUUUAUUACUAGCAAGAUAGAAAAUUAUAUUAUUUUUCUCCAAUUUAAGACUCUCAGAAAAAGAAGAUUGAAUUAUCGUGGUUUUUUGUUUGUUUUUGUUUUGUUUUGUUUUGUUUUUGAGACAGAGUUUCGGUCUUGUUGUCCAGACUGAAGUGCAAUGGCAUGAUCUCAGCUCACUGCAACCCCGCCCCCUGGAUUCAAGCGAUUCUCCUGCCUCAGCCGCCCAAGUAGCUGGGAUUACAGGCAUGCGCCAACACGUCUGGCUAAUUUUUGUAUUUUUAGUAGAGAUGGGGUUUUGCCAUGUUGGCCAGGCUGGUCUCGAACACCUGACCUCAGGUGAUCCACCCGUCUCGGCCUCCCAAAGUGUUGGGAUUACAGGCGUGAGCCACCGAGCCUAGCCCUUGUAUAUAUUUUUAUAAGAAAUUUUUUUUAGCUAGUAUUUCAGAAUUUUUAAAGUACCAUUUGAAUGAUCUUAAUUUUUCUUUCAUGACAACACAUUCCAAAAUGAAUCAUGCUUAUGUACUAAGAGGGAAAAUGUAUAUAAGUUAAGGGUGAGAGACUUAAGUUAUAGGUGAUCUUAGAGACCUAAGGUAAGAGACUUGACAUAUGGAAGGAGUAACAUUAGGGUCUACCUCUACCUCAAUUUAGUUAGUGAUUUACUACAAUUUCAGAGCUUUAACAAAAGAUAAAAAUAAAUCGUCACCAAUUGUUAUUGCUUCUCAUCUUUCAUUUCUCAAUGAACAAGUAAGGUAUUUUCAUUCUUAUUUUUAGGAUUUUAGUUUUUAGUGUAUGGAACAAACGAACACAGUUUAUAUUCUAAUUCUUACUGCAGCUCAUUUUAAUUUUUAGGAUGCAAGCACAAUUUAGUAUUCAAAGUGAGUAGCAACAUAUUCAACUUGAUCCUAUUGUCUUUAGUUACUCUUGCCCAUGAAUAAUGUUCAUAAAUGAACAUUUUUGACCAUAUCAUAUUUGACCAUAUGAUAUUAGAAAAUACAGCACAAUAUAUUCAUUUAUGAGAAACUACCUACUGAUAUGGGCUUGAAAUUUUGGAUGAAUCACUGAACAUUUCUACGCUAGAAGUAAUUUCAAAAUUGUUGGUUUUUAUAAACAAGAAAAAGGGUGAGUAGUGGGACUUUUAAGCAUCUCUGAAAUAAAAAAACUAUUCUUUUUAUAGACAAGCGUUAUAGUUUGAGUUACAGACAACAGUGUGUAUAUAUGUAAUAUAUAUAUAUAGUAAAAGGAAAUUUAAAUAUGAAGCCAAACUUUUUAAAAUUAGAAACUACAAAUGGUUAUACUGAUUAGUGUCUAGCCUAGAGUGGUAACCAGGCUUUACUAAUCCAAUUAUCAAACACAUUAUUUAUAAUGCAUUAGCUCUAUUAGCUGUUGCUUUUUUGAUGUUCAGGAUAACUAUGUUAUCUUACUUCUGCAUUUAAUUAAUAGCUCGAGUAUUAAAAGACCACUCCCUUCAAGAAAAGCUUUGAUUUUCCCCAGUCAUGAAAGCCCUGUUUCAAAUUCUUUAAUCUCUGAACCCAGUAUCAUAAAAUUUUCCUCUUUUGAUAAUAUCUGUACUUUCAUAUUCUGCUCACUAUCAAAUGUAUUGUUAACUCUUAGUAAGUUUGAAAAUGACGGGGUUUUACCUGCACUUGACAUUGAACCUUGAAGUACUUGAAGUACUCCAAGGGAAAAAUUAAAGUGGAAGUUUCUUGGGAUCUUGUUUAGAAAAAACUAUAAAUAAAAAAUUGAUGCUACCAAAUUGUGCCUUCCUAAAUAACAUUUUUGAUAGCAUUUUAACAGCAGUUUACAAAUAUGUAAAUAAUAGAUUAAAACCAAAACUUGAUUCUCUUG